CUCUCCCCCCUCUCUAUCCCCCCUCCCCGACCGACUCCCAGCAACCACGCACAUACGCGCGCGCACGCACAUCCUCCCUCCCUAGCUUGUGAUGUCACGACCAAUCCUGCGGCUGUCGGAACUGCUGGCCGACGGGGAUGCACCGCAAGCAGCACCCUCCCGCUCCUUGACGCCCCCACCACCGACACCGCCGCCCAUUCCGUUAGAGGAGGAGUCCCCCAUCCUGCCCGCCGAGCUGGCCGCCGCCUUCGGCACAUACCCUCCGCGAGCUGCCGUUCCACCGUCCGUGCCAGCCGUGCGCCUGCCGCCGGGCACCCGGUGCUCGAGCUUUCCCGAGGCCCUCAGCGCCUGCCCUGCGCGGAUGGAUGCCGCCCUGCACGCGGUGUCGCACCUGGUGGCGGCGGCCGGCUUCGAAGUCGCACAGCCAGCCGCCAUCGGCCAGUUGGCCACACACCUAGACAACUAUCUGAUGGCCCUAUGCAGCCGGACUGUGGCGUAUGCCAGUCUAGCUGCCCGAUCGCGGCCUACCCUGACGGACGCGUUCGCCGCCAUCGGAGAGCUGUCUCCGGCGCGGGAGUUUCGCACCGGUCCCGGGCUCGGACGCAUCUUGCGGCGCCCUCCGGCUGCCGGCAAGGCCCGUGCCGCUGGUGCCGAUACCCGGGCCCCACGGUACACCCGACGCGAGGCGGCCGGCACCAACCUGGCCAGCCGGGGUGUCGGGGGCCCUGGCGCUGCCCCCUUGGCGUACCAGCUCCGGAGUCUGUCACACUUCAGCUGGCACAACGAGCUGGCCCUGCGGUCGGUCGAGCGCGGAUCACGCCGCUGGCGUCAGACCCAAGCCCACUGGCGCUUCUCCGCCGCUGGCAAGACCCCUCCAGCGGGAUCGGCCCCCUUGUCGGCAUCGGCCCCAUUUGCUAGCGCCUUCGCCUCGGCCCCGGCCUUCGGCAUCUAUUGCCCGAGCCCGGUGCCGCGCGACUUUCAGAUCUCCCAACAGGUCGAGAGCCUUCGAAAGGUUCUAUCGGCGGCACCGGUGGCCGACUCGCCAGGAGGCGCUCCCGCCCCUCCGGGGCCGGCCCCAGGCAGCCUUGCCCUCUCGCUAGUGCAGUCCGGCGGAGCGCUACCCACCAUUACCCGACGCAGUGCAGCGGUGACUGAUGCCCUGGCCGCCCUCGACCGCGCAGCCGCUGGCGACCCGAUGCAGGGCGUUGCCCUGUCGCUGCUCAGUAGCCCGAUUGCCCUGGAAACGUGGCUUCCGCCGUUGCCCGCGGCGCACACCUUCCACUCCACACGGGUCGAGGCCAAGGUUGUUGUUGAUGCGCCAGCAUUGCAAGCCGCCGGGGCAGCGCAGCGCCGUGCCAGUUGCCGCUCGCUGGAGCGCCUCCUGCGCAUGACCGACCCCACGGCCGGACAAUCGGUGUCCGACACGCCCGAACCCGCCACAUUGGUGGACCUUCCCUCGCUUUUCCAUACUCUGUCCCCGGUGUCAGAUCCGGUGUCAAUCGAGCAGCAACCAGCUCCGAAUGUGGUUCCGGGUGACGGGCCCCCCGUGAACGACCCCCCCCGGCCGUUGUCCCUCUCCUUCAGUGGGCUCCUCCGCUCGGCCUCCAAAUCGCGCCUGCCCUCUGGCGCGUGUACUCCCCUACCGCCGGCCGAAGGGCAGGGCGCUUCCGCCAGCUUUGCCGGGGUACCGGACGAUCGUCCGCCCCUGUCCUCACCCCAUUUGCCACCGGCCGCCGCCGCCGCCACCACCGCCGCCGCCAUGUCCGGCCCUUUGCCACUUCUUACGCCCAAGGUGGAGCCUUCAACCGGCACGUCGGGCGCCACAUCUCCCAUGCUCCCGCGUGUGAUUCUAUCCAUCCCCUCAUCGCCACUGAAGGGUGCCUUGACAUUGUCCCUUUCGCGAUCGGCCAGUGUUGGGGAUCCGCCCGGCACAGCGCCCCAUUCACCGGAGUUGUCUACUUUGCCAACGCUCCCCGCUCUAUCGGAGCCCGGGCCCCUGCUUCGGUCAGUGUCCUCGCCCGUGGGUCCGACCGGUGGCAUGGACGUGGACCCAUCGGGGGGGGCCCCGCUUUCGCCGCUCCUGCCUGGCCUGGCGGUGACCGUCAAGACCGAGGAGGGAAUCCAGCGUGCGGCGCCGGCCCUGGAGUCGUUUGGCAGUGAGACGCCCCCGAGCCAGACCCCACGCAAGCUCUCCCUCUCCUUCACAUUGCCCAAGGCACCAAGCGCUGACGCCCUCCCAGUGUCAUCGCCGCCACCCCUGCCGCCGCCCCCCUCGUCAUCCCUGCCUGCCAUGGGUGAGGAGCGGCGGCCAGCCAGUGCCACGCCCGGCAGCCCGAUGUCCCUGGCAUCGACAGCCGGCCGGUCCGGUGCCGGCCCUCAGCCUGGCCCUUCCGCACCGCCUGCCUCGGCUUCGGACCCCUCGCCGGUGUCCAGUCCGGCCCCGCGAUUGAUCCUGUCAUUAUCGUCACCGGUGGCGGCAACCGCCCCGGUGGCGCCCGGGGGAGCGGGCUCCCCCUCUCUGGGGCCCAUUGUCGCUCCUCCAGCCGUCGCUGCAAUGUCCCCUGGACUUGAGGGUCAUCCGAUGGAUGGUGAUGAUAGCGACGACUUUUCAGAUGUCUAG